AGCCUUAAUUUUGUAAAAAAAGUCGGUUUUACCCUCCGACGGGUUUUUGUGUCAUUAAUGCCGCAUACUUGUCUCACUUUUUGCGUUUAUGCCAAAUACCCGGUUGCAAGAGGGUUUACCGGUUACCCCUCUACUUACCCCUCAACUUUUCCCCCCGUUUCUUAACCCCAUUUACCAAACGACGAAGCUGGGUUUUUGAAGAAGAACAUCACGAAAACAAAAUCAGAUUUGUACACCAAAUGACAACGUCGAAAUCAAAUUCAAGCUGGAGUGGCACAUCAAGAAGGAAAAAUCGGGAGAUAAUACGAUGUAGCUGUGGUGAUAUUUGCCCUAUUUAUGUUUCACGCACUCCAGAAAACCCAGGACGAAAGUUUCGUGGCUGCCCUAAUUACCAGGAUGAAGAUGGUGGUUGUGGUCAUUUCAAAUGGGUUGAUGAAGAAGAAGACGAAUUUAGGGCUUUUAAGAAGCAAUUGAACCUUCAACAUAAAGAUAUCGAAUCUGUGAUGUUGCUCAAACUGAUUGUAGGGCUGCUAGUGAGUAUUUUGGUAUGUCUUGUUGUAGUGGUUAUUAAGAUGUAAGUUAGAUGAAAUGAUAACAAGUUUGUAGUGUAGUUUAUUACAUUGGUAGAUGUACUAAAUCUGUAAAAGUUUGAAUGGUGCAAUAGUAUUAAUGUUUGUAUGGCUAUGAUCUAUUUUAUGAAUGCUUUUGUGACAAUGGUAACUACACAUUCAGCAGAACACAAAUUCAAAGUAAGAUGCAUAAAAUGGUAAUCAAAUGUGCCAAUAAUGGUAAAUAUGUUCAC